AUGGGCCCCUGUACCGCCUCCCCAUGCUGCUGCCAGGCCCGUAAUCUGCCAUGGGCCCCCCGUACCAACUCCUCAUGCUGCUGCCAGGCCCGUAAUCUGUCAUGGGCCCCUGUACCGCCUCCUCAUGCUGCUGCCAGGUCCAGAGUGUGUCAUGGGUCCCUGUACGGCCUCCCAUUGCUGCUGUCUCCAUCGCCACACUCUGCCAUGUGCCACUUUCAGGUCUCCUCACACUGCUGGUGGUUUCCAUUUUGUCAUAGGGUGCUGUAUGGCCUCCCAUUGCUGCUGCCUCCACCGCCACACUGUGGCUCCACACUCUGGUUUUGGCCCCGUGACUGCCCAAAUGAGUGAAGUGUGCGGUGAUUCUAAGAUCGACGGCACUCAUCUGCAUGUCCAUACUGACUGUCAGUAUUAUUUCUCUUCCCCAGCAGACUCCAAGGGCAUUUAAAUUAAAGGUACAGUGUUCUGCACUAAUAUAA